CCUUAUCAUCGGGUGAUUCAGAUGUAGAGCCGAAGGCUGGAAACCUGUGAAAACACCGAAGCACCUGUCAGUGCAUCCCCUGGCAGGAGCUUGAGCUUUUUUCUGGUUGGUAUCUCUGCUGUUUUCCUCUCUUUUUUGGUUCAUGGCAAGAACCAUUACUGACAACAAAGAUGGACCAAUACAGAAAUACCUGCUGAUCUUGGGAGUGUUAGUCUCAGUCGUUGUCCAAGAACUGUUUCGGUUUGCGUAUUAUAAACUUUUGAAAAAAGCCAGCGAGGGCUUGAAGACUAUAAACCCAGAUGAGACAGCACCCUCUAUGCGAUUGCUGGCCUACGUUUCUGGCUUGGGUUUUGGAAUCAUGAGUGGAGUAUUUUCCUUUGUCAAUACCCUUUCUGACUCCUUGGGACCAGGCACGGUGGGCAUUCACGGAGACUCUCCUCAGUUCUUCCUGAAUUCAGCUUUCAUGACGCUGGUUAUCAUACUGCUGCACGUGUUCUGGGGCGUCGUAUUUUUUGAUGGCUGUGAGAAGAAAAAGUGGUCUGCCCUUCUCGUCGUUCUUCUGACCCACCUGCUGGUGUCGGCCCUGACUUUCAUAAGUCCUCAUUAUGGAAUAAAUUUGGUGUCAACAUACAUAAUUGUGGUGCUCAUGGGCAUCUGGGCGUUCUUUGUUGCUGGAGGCAGCUGCCGAAGCCUGAAACUGUGCCUACUCUGCCAAGACAAGGACUUCCUCCUUUUCAACCAGCGUUCCAGAUAACCUCUGCGAGCCAGCACCUGCCAAACAGCCACCUUCCCAGACAGACCAGUCCUCAUGGACAGAGAAGGUUCAUUUUGAACCAAAACCAGCUCACCUCUUCUUUCUUCUGAAAAGCCAAAUGGACACUGCCAGGACAACACAGAUGCCAAGAACGCCAGCCAGGGCCACUGAAAGGAUGAUGCCUGGUGAAGAGGCAAUGAACACACAUUACCUUCCUCCCGUCCCCUCCGUCUCAUCCGGUAGCCCAUGGAUGUGAAGUCAUGUGACAGCUGUAUAAUCUGCCACAGAAAGGUGUGAUUUCCCCACUUCUGUUCUUAGAUUCUGGUCUUUGGCUCAGCAGAACUGGCUAGAGUACUUAGGGGGAGCCAUUUGCAAACUGUAGUGACUCUUUAAAGGUUCUCAAACUUGCACCAGGAUCAUCUGAAGAGCUUGUUUAAAUGUAGACUUUUUAUUUGGGGGGGCCAACCAUCAGAGACUGAUUCAGUCUGCAGUAGGGCCCAGCAAUCUGCAUUUUUACCAAACAGCUCUAGCUGAUGCUGAUGUACAUGGUUCAUGAACCAUACUUUGAGAAACCUUGAGCUACAGAAUAAGAACUUACUCUAUCUUUGUUUGCUGGACUUAAGGCCCAUUGGGAUACCUCUAUUGGCCUUGCCCCUAAGCUCCCAUUGCACAGUCCUAAACAGUCCAAGACAACCAGAGGUCCAUUGCCAAGAUCACCUAGCCAGUCACCCAACCUCCACACUGGGCUCAGGCAUGUUUUUUUUAGGCAAUGGCUUCCACCAUGGCAACAGAAGGUCUUGGAUAGGCUCAUUGAAUGUACAUAUGCUAUAGAGUGAUUUGGUCUUUCAUUAGGGAAGCAUUUGAUUGGCAAUUCAUCUUUGAAUCACAGAAUGACCUGAAGGUAGGACCCACUGCAAGGAGAGGACCAGGGACCAGAGCAAUAGCACAGAGAAGCAGGGAGGAUGGGCUGGAAGUAUCACAGGCCCAGAUCACACCAAGAAUCACAGAGGUCACCCAGCUGCAGCAUGCAAGGCCAGCAGGCCACAUACCCAGACUCAGUCCUGUGUAGGUAAGGUCUUGCACUUCAAAGGGGAGAGGAAAAGGGUGAACAUUAACCAGGUCAAACCGUGUGCUGAACAUUUGGUUAGAAGUACAGGGCUGAUACAGACUUUCUGAGAGUAUUCUCUCUUGACUCAGGUGCCUGAAGGUAUAGACAGAGUUGCCCACCUUGGGAAUUCACAGUUUUGGUCACAGCAGUCUCUUUGCUAGGGCAAGACUUCAGUUUUUAGUACAACAUGGCUACAGUAGAAGAUGAGGAAGGGUAAGGAUCAGAGUCUCCUUGGGGCUCUAUUAUCUGCUGCUUGGGUACCUACCCCUCUUCACCUGUAAGGAGUCUUCCAGGUUCUGGCUGGCUGGGACUGGCAGGGCUUUGUCAGAGCCUGUGACUAGACCUCUGCCCCAUCCCUAUCCAGUCUUGUUAUCAGGAUGUGGUUCUGUGUUUGCUUUGGCCACACUGGGCAAACUGGAGAAACCCCUCCCUCAACACUAGUCUCCCUUCUCUGAUAUGGAACCAGAAGAUUGUGACUUCUCUUAGUGAGUUCCUUUUGGAGUAAGUUAGGAGUCUUCAGUAGGGCUGAAAUAGUGCCCAGCUCUCUGAAGUAAAAUCCUAGUCAGCCUCGUAGGGACCUCCCUGGGGGAGGGUCACAGAUGAGCCCAUCCUCUUGAGUAAGACAAAGGUGCCCAGUCAUGAAACCCCCCUGUGUUACCUUUACAUGCUCCUUCCAGGUUCUUAGAACUACUCUGCAUUCUCCCAAUUAGGUCCCCCAUCUAAAGAAAGUCUCUGUUACAUAUGCCCUCUUGUCUGGUGGUUUUCUGACCUUACCAGAAACUUCAAGCACAUAUGUGUCUGUGUCGUUUGGGUGCUGGUUCCAGUUUGCAUUGGAAGCCAGAGUUGUACUCAGUAGUGGCCACCCAGCAUGACACUCAGGAAAGCCCACUCUGAGACUCAGACCUUGGGAGAGCCCUGGCCAGUUGUGAGAUGUCAGCAGCAGAGGGCCAGGGACUCACACUUGGGAGCACUUGAUACCCUGGGGAACCAACCUGAGACUGCAGAAUGAGGGCUUUUUUGUUCACCCUGUUUUCCUGGUAUGUGGCCAGAGUCUGGUUGAUUCCCCUGGAGCCCUCAGCCCUGUGUUUUUUUCCCCUACUGCCCUCUUCCCAGUUUCACAUGGAGCCUGCAGCCUCCCUCAUCCAAGGCUGGCCUCUAGGAGUCUCUGGUCUGGCCUCCCCGGGCAGCCCCAGGCUGCUGUCAGAAUAAGCAGAGCAGGUCUAGAGAGGAGCGAUCCACAAAGUACAGGGUGGCCUGUUCUCUUGGCUCUUGCUGGCCAUUGUCAACAGCCCAUGGCCUCCCAAGUGGCAGAAAGAGAGCGACCCCUGUGGCCUGAUUUCCUGCUCCAGGUCCCUUCUUCUAACCUGAAUACAAGGACCCGUCUGUGGCUUAGGGAGACACUCCGGACAGGAGUCUCUUCUGAGGAGUGUCCAGUGUCUGUACAGCAUAUGCUCUGCUCUCUGGACAGCCUCUGGCCUCUGCACGCUGUAACUUGGUAUUCUGGAUUUUUUAAGCUACCUAGAGGCAACCAAGGCCUCGAAGAUCUUAAAAACAACAGCCAAACCCCCAACUUAGUCAUGGUUUCUUUUCUAAGCCUUUUGAUGAAAUACACUUUUGUUCUUUGUUCCUAAAGCUCCAGAUGUUCGUGGUAGCAAACUAGUUCCAGCCACAUAAGACCAUUACUAGUAAGCCUAACCACUGGCUAAGCCGCCCAGACUGAGCAGUUUCUAAAAGUUGUUGCUUUCACAGUCACCUCAAAUAUCCCGAGAGCCACACAGGGCCUCGGACAGCUGAGCAGCCCCACUCCAGGCUGUAGGAGGUGCCCCCAGGGAGCUUGGGAGACAGAGCCAAGUCUACAGAAGCAAGGCCGCCAGAGAUGAGACUUCUCAAGAGCUAUGGCCCAAGAUUUCUGGAGGGAAAUCUGGCUGCCCUUAGCUGUAUUAGGCCCUAUAAACAACAGCCUAAUUUAACCCAGGGUUCUAACCACCGUUCCUUGCUCCUGGAUGACCACUUCUGAGGGCCUAAGUUGCCUUUCUGUGGAAACAAUGAAAUAAGCAAGCCACCACAAAGACAAGGAAAGCCCCAGAGCCUGGGACAGAUGCUUCUCAGCCAAGACUUCGAUGCAGCAAAAACAAAGCAGCUUGACUAAGCACGUGAAGAGCACAGGCCACUAUGGAAGAGGAAUGGCAGUGAGGGGGUCACCUCACAAGAAUUCUACUCCCAAGGGAGCCCAGGGAAGGAAGAUGUUGUCAGGAUGCUGCCCCCUGCCAGUUGAGCCAGCCCCAACCACCCAAGACGCAGGACUUCUCUGCAGAGCCCAAUAAAGUCCACGGAGCUUGGGGACCCUUGGAGGUAGAUGCUAAAGUAUCUGCUAAUCAACGGGAGAAGGAAAGUCAGGGAGACUCUGGCGGCACAGGGAUAGCUCUUGGGGCAACUGAAGAAGCAGAGCCCAGAGAAGCCAACGCCUGCAUCGAGCAGAGCCUGUGGGACGGUGUAGAGAGUAGGGAACACAGAUGAUGGCGGGAGGGACACAGGCAGAGAAAUUCAUCUGCAGAUUAAACAAACAAAUGGUUUGGUUUCUAAGUGGUGAAUAACACAGGGAGGUCCUACUGAAGAACAGUGAGAUAGGAGAAACAGAGACAGGCUGGUUGACAGGGAUGGCCCGCGAGAGCUACAUGAGAACACAAUGAAGGGGCUUCUGAGCUGGCUGGUUAAGAGGGUGCAUGCCAUACGGAUGCGGGAGAGCUCCCUGCUCUCUCUAAAGUGCCCCAGCACGGGUCAGGUGAGCAAAGAUAGGGCAGUAUGACACAGAGGGAAAUCACACAGAUACAGAAGAAUUUGGUUGUCACAUGCCUCCCCCAGGAAGGUACAGAUCCUGGAGAAGGCAGACACUCUGGUUGCCACAGGGGCACUGCUACCUGUUCUCGCUGGCUCAGGAGCUGGAUCUUCCACUGGGAUCUUGCUGGACCGAGGGAUGCUGCUUAACUGCUUGUGAGGUCUUCUGAAGCCUCAAGUGCAGGCACAGAAAAGCCCAGCAGAAGGAACAAGCCCCUCAUUCACACAGCUUGCCGUUCCUGGAACAACUCUAGCAUUUUCGAGAUCUAUGUGCAAUUCUGUUUAUUCAAACAGAAUUUUAAAUAAAAAGGAAUACAAUCA